AUGGCGGGUGUCGGGACCUUGCGGCGCUGGCUCACCCUCGCCACCGGCCUGGUGGAGUGUCUGUGCUUCGCCCUGUACGGGUGGCCUGCGCUGGUCUUCGUCCUGAAGACGGAGGGAUACUUCGGCUCUCCCGGAUGCGUCGACACCCCUGGAGCCAACGCGACGCAGGUCCAGGGUCACGCGCAGGAGUGGUUCUCUCUGGUGUUCGCCGUCGCCUCCAACCUGAGCAAUGUGCUGUUGCUGCCCACCGGCUUCCUCCUCGACCGCUUCGGUACUGCGGUGGCUCGGCUCAUGGCAACAUUUCUCUUCACCACCGGCAACUUGAUGGUGGCCUUCUCGACUCCAGGUGACAGUCAUCUGCUCUUCCCAGCUUUCUCAUUCAUAGGAUUGGGUGGCCUCAUGUUUCUAAUGACCAACAUGCAGGUAGGAAACUUGUUCAGCUCACAUCAGACCACCGUCACCACUCUCUAUAACGGAGCCUUCAACUCUUGCCCACUCUUCCUUGUCAUCAAGCUGCUGCAUGAGGCUGGCAUCUCUCUCUGCACCUCCUUCCUCUUCCUGGCCACCAGCAGCUUUACCAGCAGCCUCCUCAGGACUUUCUUCCUGAUGCCCAGAGACCACAUCCCCUACCCGCUGCCGGAUGACUACACAUACGGGAUAACCUGUGGUAAAUCAAAGACUCUGAUCUCAGAGCACACAACAGCAAGUGGUGAGCCACAGAUGAAGACGGAGGAAAUGAAACUCGAAGACGUGCCCGUGACACAAGAGAAGAGUUUCAGCGAGUGUUUGAUAUCCAAGUUCUAUGUGUCGCAGCUGAUUUGGUUGUCGGUGAUACAGCUCAGACAGUUGUUCUUCGUCGGCACCCUCCAACCCAUGCUGCAGCGGCUGGCGGGAGGACAGCAGUCACUGGUGAGCCACUACACCAAUGUCUUUGCUGUAACACAGCUGUGUGGCAUGCUGUGUGCUCCCUGGAACGGCCUCAUCAUGGACCGACUGAAGGGCAAACCUCGUGCUGCAGGUGAGAGCGAACAGGAAGCGGACCUGCGGGCCCUGGUGCUCUCUCUCUCCCUGACGGUGCUGCAGUGUGCGCUGUUCUCGGUCUGUGCCGCCAUCCCGAACCUGCGGCUUCAGUAUCUCACCUUCGUCCUGUAUAUGAUAAACUUCGCCUUCCUCUACGGCGGAAAUGCGACCUUCAUCCUUGUGACUUUCCCCUUGUGCCACUUCGGUAAGCUGUAUGGUUUGUGUAUAAGUCUGUCUUCAGUGAUUUGUCUGCUGAUUGAUACCUGCCUUUCCCUGCUGAAUGGAGCUAUUUUAUACGUGAACAUCUGUCUGACACUGCUUGUCCUGCUUGCCUUCAUCAACCCACUCGUCGUCCACCUGCACUGUCGAGGUCUCGCCUCCCAGCGAGCCGCUAGCGCCGCCAUCGGAGCCUCUUCUUCUUUAAGCCUGCCACAUUGA